GCGGCGAGCGGCGGGCAGCAGCCAAUGGGAGCGCGGGGGGGAGAUUUGAAGUAGAGCGGCGGCGCUGAGGGGGCAGAGGGCGGGCGGCUGCGGGAUGGCCUACAAGGAGAACGUGAACCCCGGCUUGUACGGCCUGCUUAAGAAUGGGGCCCCCGCCCCCCCCGCAGCCCAGCGGGUGCCCCUCAAGGACCCCCCCACCACAGGGGACCCCCUCCGAUGCCCUCCUGCUGCAGAGAGCCACCGGCCGGCCUCCCCCCGUGCCAGCAGCAGGACGCGUCCCUGUGGAGCCCAACACCUUGGUGGCCCCCCAGUACCCGCUGCGCACGUUCACCAUCGAGGACUUUGAGGUGGGGCGGCCGUUGGGCAAGGGCAAGUUCGGGAACGUUUACCUGGCGCGGGAGCGUGCGUCCCACUUCGUGGUGGCCCUAAAGGUCCUCUUCAAGUCCCAGAUGGAGAAGGAGGGCGUGGAGCACCAGCUGCGCAGGGAGAUCGAGAUCCAGGCCCACCUGCGGCACCCCAACGUGCUUCGCCUCUACAACUACUUCCACGACCGCAAGCGCGUCUACCUCAUCCUGGAGUACGCCCCCCGCGGGGAGCUCUACAAGGAGCUGCAGCGCUGCCGCCGCCUCGACGAGUCCCGCAGCGCCACGCUGAUGGAGGAGCUGGCGGACGCGCUGCUGUACUGCCACGGCAAGAAGGUGAUCCACCGCGACAUCAAACCCGAAAACCUGCUGCUGGGGCUGAAGGGCGAGCUCAAAAUCGCCGAUUUCGGCUGGUCGGUGCACGCCCCCUCCCUCAGGAGGAAGACGAUGUGCGGGACGCUGGACUACCUCCCCCCCGAGAUGGUGGAGGGGCGGACGCACGACGAGAAGGUGGACCUGUGGUGCCUGGGGGUGCUGUGCUACGAGCUGCUGGUCGGCCACCCCCCCUUCGAGAGCGCCUCCCACACCGAGACCUACCGCCGCAUCACCAAGGUGUGCCCCCCCCCCAAAAAAAAUUGGGGGACCCCCCUGACCCUUAAAUCCUACCCCGGGAGAGUUGGAGACCCCCUUGGGCACCAAAACCCUAUAAAAUGGGGGUUGAAGUGCCCUAAUCAUGGCAAUAGGGGGGGGGAUUAAGACCCCCCCCCCACU